AGGUCUCUUAUCUACUGAUGGAGUAACACGAUGUUUUGAUGAUGAAGCUAAUGGCCACACUCGUAGCGAGGCCAUUACAGCUUUUUAUCUCCAACGAAAAAAAGAUGCCAAGCGCAUUUACAUGGAAAUUGUUCAUACACGGACAAUACAUGCAGAGAGCAUUGAAGUUAACAGUCUGCUUUACCCAAAAACGGAACCACAAAUAAAGCUUAUGAAAGAAAUACUAGAUGAAAGUGGACUAACACCAGACAGCAUCUCGUUCUUAGAAGCUAGUGGUAUAGCAGUAAAAGAUAUUGAUACUAAAGAGCUAAAUGCCAUUGGUGCUGUAUACAAGAACCGCAAAAAGCCUCUUUCCAUAGGAUCAGUGAAGUCGAUAGUUGGUAAUACGGUAUCUGCCAAUACUUUUGUUUCAAUAGUAAAGAUGAUCAUAGCCUCAGAGACUGGCCAAAUUGCACCAAAUUUGCAUUAUAAAACACCUAAUACUAUGGCUCAAAGUUUAGUUGAGGGUCAACUGACAGUACUGAAAGAGCUGACUCCUUGGAAUGGUCUAUACUCUGUUGUUAAUACAACAUCAAUUAACGGUACGGUUUCUAAUACCAUUCUCAAAGCAUCAGAAGUAACAAAAAAAAAUAAUGGAGCUCCUAGUGAUGAUCUUCCCCGUCUUGUCAUUGUUUCUGGCCGUACGGAGGAAGCCAUUGAAUCUUUAUUAGAUUACAUGGAUGCAAAACCACUUGAUGCAGAAUUUUUACAACUUUUAUAUGAUAUAUUUCAAUCGGAAAUUGAUGGACAUCUUUACCGAGGUUAUAGUAUAGUGCCUGCCAAAGGUUUAGUUUCAGAAGACUCUAAGAAAAGAGAAUAUUUUUUCAACUCAGGAGAAAAAAAACAAGUUUGGUGGAUAUUUUCAGGGAUGGGUUCUCAGUGGGUAGAGAUGGGGAGAGAUCUUCUGAGACUACCAAUUUUUAAUACAGCGAUUAAAAAAUGUGAUAAUGUGCUGAGACCGCAAGGAUAUGAUGUGUUUAAAAUUAUAACUGAGAGGAACCCAAAAAUGUUUGAUCAAAUUAUUAAUUCGUUUGUUGGGAUUGCUGCUAUACAAAUUGGUUUAGUUGAUGUUCUAAGAGCUGUAGGCUUAGAACCAGACUAUAUUAUCGGUCACUCUGUUGGUGAGCUAGGAUGUGCCUAUGCAGAUGGAUGUUUUACUGCUGAGCAAAUGAUAAUGGCUGCCUUAUCUCGUGGCUUAGCAUCAACUGAAUCUAAACUAGAAAAAGGUUCAAUGGCUGCAGUUGGUCUAGGAUAUGCAGAUAUGAAGCCUCUUUGUCCUUCAGAUAUUGACAUUGCUUGCCAUAAUGGUCCUGAAAGCUCAACUAUAAGUGGUCCUGCAGAAAGUACGAAGAAAUUUGUGGCCAGUCUUACG